AUGUACCAAAUUGGUCCGAUCUGGACAUGCAGCGGAUCCCGGGGGUUCCGGCGGAGAGACUUUUCCCGCCAAAAGCCACCCCUCCUCCCGAAGCGGGCGACAGGCUGGCGACGGCACACGGCAUCUGCUGGCGACUUCACGACUCUCGAGACAAAUCAGAGUGAGGCUGCGAGCACAGAAGGAAAGCUGGCUUGGGGCGGUGGUGAGGGGGGGGGGGAAGCGCCCCGACGCGCCCCGGAGUUCCGCAAUGCGGCGGAGUGCGGCGGAGGAUCGGGCGGGGACGGCGGGGGGGUGUGCGACGAGUCGCUGGUGCACAUAGCGAUAACGCUGGACGAGGAGUACCUCCGCGGGUCGGUGGCGGCGGUGCACUCCGUGCUCCGGUACGCGCGGUGCCCCGAGGACGUGUUCUUCCACUUCCUGGUGGCCUCCGACCCGGCGCGGCUCGAGGCCCUGGUCCGCUCCGCGUUCCCGCGGCUCCGCUGCAAGCUCUACUUCUUCGACCCGGAGCGCGUGCGGUCCCUGAUCUCGAGCUCGGUGCGGCAGGCCCUGGAGCAGCCCCUGAACUACGCCCGCAACUACCUCCCCGACCUCCUCGAGCCCUGCGUGCGCCGCGUCGUCUACCUCGACUCCGACCUCGUCCUCGUCGACGACGUCGCCAAGCUCUGGCGCACCGACCUCGCCGGCCGUGCCGUGGGCGCCCCCGAGUACUGCCGCGCCAACUUCACCAAGUACUUCACCCCGCGCUUCUGGUCCGACCCCUCCCUCGCCUCCACCUUCUCCUCCUCCCCCCACCCCCACCGCAGGGGCCCCUCCUGCUACUUCAACACGGGGGUGAUGGUGCUCGACCUCGACCGGUGGCGGCGGCGCGGCUACACCCGCCGCAUCGAGCGGUGGAUGGAGGUGCAGAAGCGGCGGCGCAUCUACGAGCUGGGGUCGCUGCCGCCCUUCCUGCUGGUGUUCGCGGGGCGCGUCGCCCCCAUCGACCACCGCUGGAACCAGCACGGCCUCGGCGGCGACAACGUCCUCGGCAGCUGCCGCGACCUCCAUGCCGGCCCCGUCAGCCUCCUCCACUGGAGCGGCAGCGGCAAGCCCUGGGCCCGCAUCGACGCCCUCCGCCCCUGCCCCCUCGACUCCCUCUGGUCCCCCUUCGAUCUCUACCUCCACUCCGCCCCUUCCCCCUCCCCCCUCCUCCUCCUCCUCCUCACCGCCUAUUCCCGGUAACCCCUCCUUCCUUUCUUUUUCAUUUUGUUUUUUAUUUCUUGAAAAAUUAUUUUGUUGGGUCUUUUUUUCUUUUUCUUUUUAUUUUCAUCUCUCUCUCUCUCGUAAUUUUCCAUAAUAUUCCUGGUGCUUCGAUUUGUUCUGUUUUGUUCUGUUCUGUUCUGUUCUGCUCUGUUUUAGACGCUCUUCUCUGUUUUGGUGGUGGUGGUGCUGCUGUGCCUUGUUUUAGUUCUUAAAAAUUCUUAUGGGGCGAUUUGUAUCUUAUUCUAAUUGUUGUUGCCUCCGCAAAUAAAAAAGAAAAAGGGGAACGGAUAUAAAUAUAUUCACAUUUGUUCACAUA